AUGGAUACCGACGCCACUCGACAGUCUCACCCCGCGGCGGACGAGGCCGUGGCUAGCAACACUGAGCAGGUCUCCGGUGAGAACGGCCACCGCUCACAUCAAUAUACUCAGUCUUCCACAGAAAAGCACGCGAUUGUGAUCUCUGAAAUGUGGAAGAAUGAGAACAGUUGCUAUGCAGAAUUAAAAACUCUGCUCACCUUUUAUGACCACCUCAAAGCAGAAGGACUGCUUUUCAUGAUGUCAGCAAGACAUUACCAGGAAAUCAGUGUUGUGCUGCAGAGCGCCUCAGUGGAUGAAUGGGCAGCUGCCUUCCGACAGUGGCUUGAGAUGUUCAGAACAGAUGCAAUAAAGCAUGUUAAAGAUACAGAUUUUAUCACCUCUAUAUUCACUGAGUUUAAUCAAAAGCAAGAGCAGGCUUCACCCAAUGAAGAAGCAAUAUUGAAUAUGAUAGAUGAGUUUAAAGAGCUGGAAGUUUAG